AUGGCCAAACUGGGGACCCUGUAUGCGAUCACCUGGGCAGUGCCGCUGCUGAAUGCCUCUCUUCGUGCUGAAGUGAACAGCUCCCAGUACUUGCCCUCCAACCUCUCCCUCAUCACCGGCUUAGCCGGACGCCCCCCUUUCUACCAAUUCUCGGCCACCUCCGCCGCUCUCCUGAUCACUUUGAUGGUUCUCCUUGUGGUCGUCACCACAUUCGGGAAUGCUUUGGUGAUCCUGGCCUUUGUGGUGGAUAAGAGUCUGCGGAGUCAAAAUAAUUUCUUCCCCUUAAACCUGUCCAUCUCAGACUUCUCAGUGGGAAGUUUAUAUUCCAUUCCAGGGGCGUUUUGCAUCCCCUUGUACAUUCCCUAUGUCCUGACUGGCCGAUGGGUGUUGCACAAGACUGGCUGUGAAUUCUGGCUGGUGAUAGAUUACCUCCUUUGUACAUCUUCAGUGUUUAACAUGGUCCUGAUAAGUUAUGGCAGAUUCAACUGUGAGACUAGACCGAUGAGUUUCAUAUCAAGUUCAGCAAGGGAAGAGAAGAAAUGCAGCAUCAAAAUGAUGCUGCUUUGGCUCACUGCAUUCCUUUUGUAUGGCCCAGCAAUAACAGCCUGGGAAUAUAUAAUUGGCAGGAGCUUUGGGCCUGAGGGAGAGUGUUAUGCUGAAUUUUACUAUAACUGGUACUUUCUGAUAACAGUAUCAACAGUGGAGUUCUUUGUACCUUUCAUCAGUGUCAUGUAUUUCAACCUAAGCAUAUCCCUCAAAGUUCAGAAAUGAAUAAGGACACAGUCAAAUAACUUCUGGAACACCACGCAAAGUAAACCAUCACUCGAGAACUUAGAAGCAAAUUUUGAUUCAGCAUGCUCCUUAAAACCAUUUUCAAAGAGAAAAAUUAAACUAAUUUCUCAGAAUGUUGUGCAACAUUUUAGAUUGUCCAGGGACAAACAAAUUGCAAAAUCACUUGCUGUUAUUGUUUGUAUUUCUGACAUUUGUUGCCCAUAUACCUUGCUCAUGGCUGUCAGGGCAGGAUGUCAUGGGACCUGCAUCGCACUUGAUUGGUAUGAAUCUUCAUUCUGGUUUCUGUGGAUUAACUCUGCUAUUAAUCCAAUUCUGUAUCCUUUAUGUCACAAAAGUUUUAAAAGAGCUUUUAUAAAACUCUUUUGCCCCAGGAAACAGGCCCUUCAGCCCAACAAGUCCACACCAACC